CUUAUACCGUCUGUCCAUGCUGACACCAGAACAGGAUGGCACCUCAAAGCCAAAGAAGGAGGCGGCAGAAUGUAAACAAAGCUGAGAAUUUUCAGCAUGGCUCAAUAAACCAAGCUCGGAGCAUGCAUGAAUCAGUUCAUCACGCCUAGCCCUCAAGUGGUGUUUUUUCCUUUUCUUUUUUUAUGUCAUUUCGAUGUUUUCGCCUUUACUUUAUCAUAUUUUAUUAUUUAUUUGUCACUGUUCCCACUCCCGGUCCUUUUGACUUGUUGUUUCCGCCUAGUAAUCUUGCCUCAGAAUGUUGUCCCAAUGUCUUGGGAAGCGCUUUUGUAGUGCAAUUAAUCCAUUGGCGUUUCCUUGUUCAAGGCAU